GAUGUUUCUGAGCGCUGCUCUGCUGAUAACCACGCUGGUGACCGGAAUCGCCCAAGGUUUCUACGACACCAAGAGGUGGACGUGGACAAGGUUCCUGGGGAAGCUCAGCGACGCUCUGUGGCAGUAUCUGGAAAACCUCUUCAUGGAAGGCUCGGCAGCGCCUCCGCGGCGCAGCGUGCUGCGGCUGCUGAGCAGCGUGUGGUGGCUGGCCACCAUCGUGCUCAUGAAUGCGUUCUGCGGCCACAUGCGGGCCUGCCUCAUGAUCAAGUCCGAGGUGGAGAAGAUCGACUCAGUGCGCCAGCUGGUGCGGAAGCCCGUGGUGCAGCCCUUCAUGUGGAAGGGCACCUCCUACGUCGGUAUGGUGGCGCACUCGACCAACGAAGACCUGCGCAAGAUCGGGCGCGUCGUGGAGGAACGGGGCACCGCGCAGCCCGCGUCCAUCCUGUACGGCCAGGAGCUGCUCAAGCGCGUCGUCCUGGGCCGGGCCGUGGUCAUCAGCGACGGCACGUCCCUGGUGUUCCGGGUGUCCAACGUGUGCGGCGCCUUCCACGACAGCGAGUUCUACCUGGCCCAGGAAGGCUUGGUCUCGCACCCGCUCAACAGCUUCACCAGGAUGGACAUGGAUCCGGGCUUCCGCGCCGAUGUCAACCGCGUGAUCCGGCACCUCGUCGAGGCCGGCCUUGUGGACCACUGGUGGACGACGGCGACGGGCGAUAUGAGCCGCUGCGGGGGCUCCAUCCAGCAGGACUCGGCGGCCACUCUGGCUCUGUCUGACCUCUGGGGCAUCUUUGUGCUCUGGCUCGUCUCGCUAGGCUUCGCCGCGACCGCCUUCUGCUGCGAACUGUGCGUGGGCCUCGCACUCUCUAAGAUGGCCUCGUGCGACGGACGCUUCUGGUGACCGGGAUCGGGAAACACCACCUAGAAUAAUCAAAGCCCGCGUGCGAUAGAAUU